GCUAUUAGAUGUUAAGUAUUACCCUAAAAAUCCUUCAUCUGUUGAAACACACACAAAGUUUUAUUUGACUGCUGUUUUGUAUUAUGUAAAAAUAAAUUGCUAAAAUCAGACAACUUAUGUUUUUCAGGUUAAAAUGUAUUGUCUAUUCUGUGGAUUUAAGUUUGAGAACUUGACAAAAUUUUGCUGUUCCUGUGGAAAAGACACAAGUUUUGUACCAGCUAAAGAUGCUGCCACGGCAGCAGAACCUGAAGACUCAAGUGCCAAAUCAGUUGUUCAGUAGUUCAGUACCAUGAAGGUAAAGAGGCAGAAAGGAGGAUGUUCUCAAAAUCCAAAAAGAAAUCAAAGAAAAUAGUGAAGAUUUCUGUUGGGAUCAUGAACAAAACAAAGACUGGCAUGAGACCCAUAAGAGGGAAAACACUACCAUUAAAUAUUGAACCGAGCUGGUCAUCUGAGAAGCUCUUGGGUGCUGCCAUUAAAAAACUGAAAGAUUUCAACCAAGAUAUGGAAGAUGGAGAAUACAUCCUGCUCUACCCUGAUGGCUCUCAAAUAAAAAAUAUUCCAGGAACUGGCACACCCUUUACAAUUGAACUCUCCAAAGAGGCCAUUGGAAAGUCUUACCAAAGAAUUAAACUAUUUUUCUGCACCCUUGAAGAUUUUUUGUCAGAAUGUCACCUUCAAUCCCAACCAUCUGAUGUGCAAGUUCAGAGUGGUACAGGAUCUCAAAUGGCAUCCACAUCAGCAGAACAUACUUCAAGUUACAAUAUGUAUACCAAUAUCUAUGCACCUGUCGUUAUUGACAGCAGUUCUUCAGAUUCUGAGGGAGAGAAACUGCAAAAGGAAAACUGGUUGAAGCCAGGUGAUUGGGUUCUUGUCCGAGUACUUCAAAGGAAAAAUUGGAGCUCGCCACGGUGGGAGGGUCCAUACCAAGUGCUUCUGACCACUCCGACUGCCUGCAAAAUAGCAGAGAGACCCUCCUGGAUACAUCAGAGCCACUGCAAAAAGGUUGAGGUCCCAGGAAACUCCGACACCCCCGAGGAAGCAUAUUAGGGAAAUCUCACCCACACUUGAUUGCUUCAGUGGUGAGGGGGAAGUGCUGAUCGGGCGCCUGUAGGGAAUUGCUCGCACUUCAACCUCCAGCUGCUGAUCAACUCUAGGGUAGCCAAGUGACAGGGUGUGAUGGACCUGUGUGCAACCAUGGGAAGGUGCACCCUCCUGAUUACCUUGACCAUGACGCUCACUCUUACAGGACCCCAGCUGAUGCCAACAACAGCUGAACUACGAGGCAGAUAGAAAAGAUGGACGCACGACAACUCCCACCUAAGAGACAUGACACAAGAUCACAUCCAUCCGUGGAUGAACAAUGCCUGGUACCGCUACAUCCACGACAGGAUCAAGGCAGAAUCAGCAAAUACAGACUGUUAUGUCUGUUCUCAUAUGCCCAGCACGUCGACACACCCCACACUAUAUGUGUUCUUGGACCACACUUUCAGGAUGAUCGCAGUAAACACCACUUCUACAGCGCGCCGGAAAAGAAGAUCAACGUUCCCUAAACUUCAACCACAUGACCCGAUAUGGGGAAGCGACGGACCUGAGGAAUUCAAAUUAUGGACUACUGGACAGAAAGUACUCCAUUCAUUGUUCCCCUGGGUGGGAACUGGAAAAAACAUGCUGAGGAUUGAAACUCUGGACUACCGUUUUGGACUCUUCUUGAACGCUUUGUGCAAGAUCAACAAACAGCAGAAUCAGGAAAUUGAUGCAUUAUGGAUUGCAGUGAUGCAACAUCAAGGAGCCCUGGACAUGAUUACUAGCAGAGAAAGGGGACUUCGCGUCCUCUUCAACAACAUCUGUUACACAUACAUACCAGACAAUGUACACUCAUCAAAUAUGACUGAUGCUUUGAAUGCCUUGAGAGAGAUCCAGCAGGCUCAUAAUCAGGACUAUGUAAGUGAUACAAGUAACUGGUUUUCUUGGCUUUACACUGGCUCCUGGCUACAGGUGCUAAAAAGACUACUCAUUGGAGUAUUUUUACUUUUAUUUUGUGUCUUUGUAACAUGUAUACUACCAUGUCUAAAACUCAUGAUUAACCGCAUAAUAUUUUCCACUGUUGCUGCAUACAUAGCCGUGAAAGGUGAUGAUAAUGACCCCGACCUGUUGGAAUGUGAAGACUUUGUGUGAUUAAUGACGAUGUAACAGAAAAUGUAUAACAAGAUGUUACAUACUGAUAUCUCACUUAAAAGUUACACUGACAACAGGA